UCAAUCAAUAAUAAAAAUAAAACAGGGAUAUCAAAAAUACAAACAAAAAUUUAUUAAUUAUAUUUGAAUUAAACUAAUGGCAAACGAUAGAGAAAUCCUUAGGGAAGUGUGGGAAGGAAAACUUCCAGUUUGUUUCAAAUUGGAUCCGGACGAAGUCGUCGAACUACAACAACCAGACCCUUUUUAUUUGAUGGUACCAAGAUUGAGUUACUUUCCAUUAGUUACAGACAAAGUGAGAAAACAUUUCAUCAAAUAUGUAUCCAGCGACACCCAAGAACAUGAAAUGUGGCUUGAAUACAGUGCACAGCCUAUGAAAUGGCAUUUUCCCAUUGGAGUCUUAUAUGAUUCCAUGGUUGACAGUGAUCACGAAGCUCUACCAUGGGUUAUUACAGUACACUUUGAUAAAUUUCCUGAAACCCAAAUCUACAGAUUUAGUAACAAGGAAACAGUAGAAUCAUAUUUCAUGGCUUGUCUAAAAGAAGCAGAUGUUCUAAAACAUCGAGGACAAAUUGCAAGUAAUAUGCAAAAAAAAGACCACAAUCAGUUAUGGUUGGGCUUGCAAAACGACAAGUUUGAUCAGUUUUGGGCGGUCAACAGAAAACUGAUGGAAGUUUCUGGGGAAAAUGAUUAUUUCAAGUACAUUCCCUUCAGAUGUUACAUUGAAGAUGGGUACAGGCAAAAAUUGGUAAAACCUGUAGGUGAUGAUGGGAAAAGGAAGACUUUAAACGAUCUGUUGAAUGAAUUGUUUCCUGAUAAGGAUAAUGUAACUGCUAAAAUUCAUGGAAUGAUUCCUCCAUUGGAAACACCUCUGCAAUGGAUGUCUGAGCAUUUAAGUUAUCCAGAUAAUUUUUUGCAUUUAUGUAUAGUUUAAGUAGAUUCCAAUUUUGUGCUUUGUGGUAAAUAUAAUUUUAGCACUAUUUCCAUAUUUAUAAGGUGCUUUAUUAUUAUGUAUUAUUUUUCAGUUUGUGUAAUUUUUGCAUACAGUAAAAUGAUUAUACUUUGAACAAAUUAUUGUGAUAAUUUUUUAUAAUAUGUGCUUUAUUAAAUUUGUUUGUC